AUACGGGUGGAAGUGAAACCUGUGUUUUUGAGCUGCUUUAAGCGUCCCAGCUGAGUAAGAAGGGGCGAUAGGAGGGAGGCCUGAGGGGGAGCUUUAUUAAACCACUAUCAGAAUUAGGUUACCGCCUCAAACUAACCCGCAGGAGUAAGACUGCAGCGCCCUGCUCGCUCCUCUGGAGUCUGUCUUCAACCGAGUGAAGCUAAUGGCGAAGAUCCUGUGGACUUCAGUGCUGCUGCUGUCAGCGCAGUUAGUAGCAUCUCAAGGCUCUGGUCAGUGUGGCCGUCCAGUGUCGUAUCCAGAUAAGCGGCUGGAUGAGAAGUACGCUCAGCUGUCAGAGUUUAAGAAUGGAGACAGGGUGGCUUAUAAGUGCGCGGUGGGUCACAGACAGACUGCGGGCAGCAGAGUGUCCUUCUGCAGGAACGGACAGUGGGAACCUCUCAACAUGAAAUGCAUAAGGAAGUGGUGUGGCUCGGCUGGAGAAAUAGAGUUUGGGCGAUAUGUUCAGCAAGGGAACUCGUUCGGGGACAAAGCCACCGCAGAGUGCGAUGAUGGCUAUGUCCUAGAAGGAGAGCGUGUUCGGGAAUGUCUCGAUAAUGGAUGGAGUGGAACUAUUCCUUCUUGCAGAAAAGUCUCUCACUCUUCCCCUCCACUUGCUCACUCUCCCCUUGGUCGCUCUCCAUCUCCUGGCUCUGACACGCCUAAAGGAAAACGAAGAUGUCAGCACCCUAAGAUAACCAAUGCCAAGAUUAAUGGAACAAAGAAUAAGUAUGACCCUGGAGAGUCUUUAUCCAUCUCCUGUAAUGUCGGGCACCAGCUGACUGACAACAUCACCAUCACCAGGUGUCAGAUGGGCAGAUGGACACCUCAACUGAAAUGUGAACUGAUUAAAUGCCCGAAGUUGGUUAUACUCAACGGUGGAGUAAAUGAUAGUCGUGUGAGGAUUAACAUGACCGUGAAGAUCACCUGUGAGGACGGUUUCCAGCUGAAAGGGGCAGAGCUCAUAACCUGUGCAGCUAACCGCUCCUGGGCACCAGCUGUGCCCACCUGUGAAUCAGGAAAAUGUGGCCGAUUCCCAGACCACCCUGACGCGAUGCCCAGACAGGAAUACCUCCGUGAGGGAGAGUACGAGCCUGAUGAUUACGUGCGGUUCAAGUGUAACCCUGGAUACCGCUGGGCUGGAGGAAACUCCAGCAUUCGCUGUGACAACGGCCGCUGGACGCCAUUAGAGAUGAGAUGCGAGAAGAUAAACUGCGGGUCUGCUGGAGAGAUCGCAAACGGACGUAUUCAGUACACUGGUGUGUCUUUUGGUGAUACUGCUACUGCAGAGUGUUUUGAAGGGUACCGCUUGGUCGGGGUUGGUGUGAGACGCUGUGGGGCUGAAGGCUGGGAUGGCAGAGUGCCUGUAUGUGAAGCGAUCAGAUGUCCAACCCCUACUGUGGCCAACAGCAGGAUGCAGGAGGGUAGAGAUUACGGAGUUGGAGAACGCAUGACCAUCGUCUGUCAGGAGAGCUUCAAUCUGAUUGGCUCACCACAGAUCACAUGUGGACCAAACGGUCAAUGGCAAGCUCUGCCGGAAUGCCGUUCGGCCACAGGAAAAUGUAGCCGAUUGCCACACCACCCUGACGCGAUGCCCAGACAGGAAUACCUCCGUAAGGGAGAGUACGAGCCUGAUGAUUACGUGAGGUUCAAGUGUAACCCUGGAUACCGCUGGGCUGGAGGAAGCUCCAGCAUUCGCUGUAAGAACGGCCACUGGACGUCAUUAGAGAUGAGAUGUGAGAGAAAACCCUGCGGGUCUGCUGGAGAGAUCGCAAACGGCCGUUUUCAGUACACCGGAGUAUCUUUUGGUGAUACCGCCACUGCAGAGUGUUUUGAAGGGUACCGCUUGGUCGGGUUUGGUGUGAGACGCUGUAGAGCUGAAGGCUGGGACGGCAGAACGCCUGUAUGUGAAGUGGUCAAGUGCCCCAGCCCCCCAGAAGUGCCCGGUGCGGAGAUAUUUGACACUACAGAUGGACACGCGGAGUACGGUCAUGUGGUGUCCUACAGAUGUCGCUCCGGUUCGCUGAUUGGAGCUCAGGACAUUUACUGCACAGAGCACGGCACCUGGAGCGCUCCGCCGCCGCGGUGCCAGGACUCCAGCUGUCCAUUUCCAUAUGUGCAGUUUGGAUCAAGGACUUUUGGAUUUAAGGCUCGUUACAAACACAGAGACGUAGUGAUGUUCACCUGCAACCCUGGGUUGAGAAUACAGGGCUCUGCUGUGGUCAGCUGUGGGCUAAAUGGAGAGUGGACUCCAAAGCUUCCUACAUGUGUCCAUAUAAAUGCACAAAAGCCACAACAGAUACUACAGAAAUGAAAACACAGCUGGACCAGUUAGAUCAGCAUAAUAUAUAAACCUUUCUUUUUCUAUUUUCACUUGAAAUCUUUAAUUUUGAAACUGUCUAGCCUCUAUUAUGGAUCUGUGAGGUUUAUGGCAAUCUUUAUUAUAUAUAUUGUUUGUAAUGAUAUUCAAUAUGAAACUACAUUUGUAACAAGUUGGCAAAUCAGUUGUGAGUCAGCCACAGAGUCAAAAUGUAGGGAUGUACAAAAUUUCAGUCACUGAAAGUCUUUGGCCAGUUUUUGUUUUUAUUAUUAUUAUUCUUUUUUUUGCCUUUUUCGGGCGGAAGAGAAAAAAAUAUAUAUAUACUAAAAAGUAUUAUUGUGGCUCACGGCUGAGCGUGUGCUGAUUUUCAGUUUCCGUCAAGAAUUUUCCUUCAUCACUAACUUCGUUUUGUUUUUUCUGAACUCAAAAUUCAAUAGAUUGGUGUAAAACUGUUCAUUGAGAGGUCCCAGUUUAAUAUUUGGGAGCUCACAGUUGAGCCAAGAGAAAGAAAAACAAGACAGACGGCAGCUUGUACGAACACCAAUUCCUUUCAUUUAAAAAGACAAUACAAAAUCCAGACAUUUUUUACAUGAGCAUAAACAAUUUUUCAAGUGCAAAUACCAUUACCCACUCCAUGAAACCUUGUGGCAAAGUCGUUUCUCAAAGAAAAUUAAACAGAAACAAAAACAGAACUGCACUGUGGCGUAUUGAAAGUUCUACAGAAAGUCUUACAGCGGGAGAACGACAGCGAUGAAAUGUAGUCAUGCAUUUACAGGUGUAGCUUUCGCAUUUCCAUUUCUGAACAUUCAACAGGAGAAAACAUCGCCUUCUUUGCCACAGACAUUUUCAUGACUUUCAGCUAUUCCACAAAUGACCUUUGUGAAAAACACAAAUCCCUUUUCCUUUAGAUCCAGCAGCUCUGUAACGAAAGGCAGGAACAUUAGCAGUAAGAUGAAUUUGAAAAAAAAGGAUUUUGUAAGUAUGACAGUGUUGAAAGUUACAUACAGUUCAUUCUAACAGAGUUGAGUAAAUCUAACUUAAUGUAGCAUUUUUCUCACAUUAACACCAUGUUGUACAUUUACAUUAGUGACUUUUGAUGGGUGGCAAAUGAAUAAUGGGUACAGUGGCCCUGUCUGCUUUGAAAAAGGAAAAAAAAGAGCUUUUAUUUACUCUCAGUUUUCAUAUAACAGCGAGGACGUUGCCAUGCGGUCUUUGUGUUUAUUAUUAUUUUGCUUUUUGCUUUCGGCAGAUUGCCUUGAGUAAUACUGAACACUAAAUUCAUUGCACAUUUGUGAAGGUGGUGCACAGGGGCGGUCUUUGGAAGAGAGGCUGGGGCAAAAUAUAAAAGAAAUUGUAAUAUUUUACAUAUUGUAAUGUUUUUACAUAUGGGUCAAAUAAAAGCUCAGUACUUUAAACAUGAA